AUGGGCGACCUGAUCCAGAAGAUCCAGGCGUUCCAGGGCCUGCUGGGCCAGUCGCAGGACAAGAUCUCGUCGAAGAUGCUGAGCUGCCAGGAGCCGGCGGUGAGCGCGCGCGACCUGCGUCUGCGCGUGGCGGCUAACAAGACCGUGGCGGAGGACGACACGGACACGGAUUCGGAUUCCGACUCGGACGACGAGGAUGACGGGGUGUGCUCGCUUGAGGACGUGCUCGAGAGCCUUGUGGAUACGCUUGAGUGUCUCCUGUCGUUUACGUUUUCGCUGUUGGGCGGUGUCCUGGAUCUGGUCACCGAUUUGUUGGGUGGGAUUCUGCAUUUGGUUGGGUCGUUGCUGGAUCUGGAUUAA